UUAACAUCAACCCAUUUGUAUCUUUGAACAGAAGCCACUAUCUGUUCCUUGGUGCAGAGCAUCAGUAAAGAGGAAGUCAGGAUAGUCUUCAGUGGGAACCAUUACCCCUGCCAGCUGACGUUUGCCCAGUAUGCCUGCAUCCCGAGGUCAUGGCUCCAGGUCUGGAACGAAGAUUUUCUGACCCUCCUAUAUCCUUGCCUUAUGGCCAGUGGCCCACCCAGUGCCCUGGACCCUGCAUACUCCAUCCUGCUCUUCUCCAAAAUUGACCUUUCUGUUCUUGAGGCUGCGCUAAAGAAAUUUUCCCAGCAGUCAUCCUUUCAAACAGUUCUCUCAGACCAGUGGGCAGCAGUAUUAUUCAAUGGCCUCUGGAUGAGACUGGGACCAGCUUUCCAGGCCAGGGAAACCCAGGCCACACGGUCCCAGUUGCUGUCCUGGCUCCAGCCUUUCCUCCUGAACCCUGAAGCCUUUGACUGUCUGACUGCCCAAAACACAUCCUGCCAGACUUUCCACAACCUCAUCUCAACCCUGAAUGACAUCUACUCAAGCUUGGAAGUGGAGAAGCAGAGGAAGAUUUUUGAAGGCAUGGAGUCCUUCCUUCUUCAGGAGGACUCUGGGUCCCACUGCCAGGAUGAGGCUGUACCAGGCUUAAAUUCAUCAUCCUGGUUGGCCAAUUAUCUGGGCUUCUUCCUGGAACGUGCCACUGUAGAGGAACUCAAGAGAUUGGUAGAUGAACCCAAGCUCCAGAUAUUGGCAAGAGACCCUGCUGCCCUCCGCCUGGUCAGCCAGCUCCACUUGAUGCCAGAUCUAGCCAGGUUUUACACAGCUCUACUCACCUCCCCACCUAGCCUCAACCUCUUUAGCAUCCCAGACAACCUCAUCUGUUACCUCAGUCCAGAGGCCUUGAGAAACACAAAGGUUGAAGAUGCCCUGGUCCUGGCCCAGAGACUCAAUAAGAUUUGCUUUGACCCCCGUCUGCAGCUUGAUGGAAAUACGUCAGUUCCUGAACCACCAUUUUGGGAAGCUAAACAGAUGGCAUCUGGGCUGCUGAGUAGCUUUGGGAACUUUUCAGAGGUCAUCCUGCGCAGACUGGGUCAAACAGCUGUGGGGCUGUCAGUGUCACAGAUUGAGGGGAAAAUCAGUGGCCAGGACCUGGUGGCUGCCCUGCCCACCCUGGCCCAGGUGAAGGGCUGGAGCAUCGGGCAGGCCCGGGCCCUCAUUCAAAAGCUCUUGGACUCUGGCUAUGAGGUCUCAAGUGCCCAGAAUCUAGCAGCUCUGGGAAGCCUGGUGGUGGGUCUCAGUAGCACUUUGCUCCAGAGCCUGCCCCCAGACAUAGUCCUGGAAGCUGUGAAAGAGCCAGAAUUUGCUCAGCAUCUUACCCACAUCCCAGCCAUGCUGAAAACUGCAUUUGUGGAACAGCUGGCCCUGGCUGUCCCGAGCCCCACUGUCCUGGUGCAGGCCGUGCCGGACACACUCACCAGUGGAAUACCCAAUGCAAUGCUGGCCUUCGGCUCUGGUGACCACCCCAGAUUGGAUGACCUCAACAGCCAAAAAUGGACGCGAUUACAGGCAGCCAUGUUUUUUGAUGAAGUGAUAAAGAACGUAUCUGACUUUGAUAGCCUCUCCCCCUAUAUUUUACACGGUUUCACAUGUGCAUCAGCCUCUAGCUUGAAUGUGGAGCAAGUUCGACAGCUAGCCAUGAUCAUGAAAAGGAAGAAUGUCACCUUGAAGGCAGAGCAGCUGAGCUGUUUGGCCAAGAAAGUCACUGAAGAUGGAAUUCCUGAGGACCUGGAUAAGUACCCCAGGGACAUAGUGCUAUUUCUAAGCCUUUCUGCCUAUACAAAGACUGGAGACUGUAAACAUUUCUUCAUUCGGGUGGGAGAGUCCAACUUGGAUAUUCUCCAGAAGGAUUCGCCCCUGAGAUCAAAACUGCUUUCGGAGGCUCUGACUUGUCUGGGCAUUUCGGGCACACACAUCAGCAAGGAAGACAUUCGUAUCCUGGGCCAGUUGGCCUGUGACCUGGAUGGACGCUAUAUAAACAACUCUGCAGAAGUGCUAUUGCCUCGGUUGGAGCAGUGUGGGGGCCCCUUCAGUCUUGAUCAGAAGGAGGCCGCCAACCUGGCCCUACACUCUGGUGCUUCUCCCUACGGCCCCCCCUCCAGAUGGUCAAUAUCUACCCUGAAUGCUCUGCGGGGGCUGCUGCCGGUUUUUGACAGGCGCAUCAUCCAGAACAUCCCUCAGAAUGUUGUAACCUCCUGGCUGAACCAUGCCCUCUUGGAUCCCUCCUGGCCCCGGCAGAAUCUGAGAGCCUUCAUCCAAAACCUUCCAUCUUCUCGAUAUAGGCGGGCUGCUGCUCAGUGCCCAGAAGAGAUCACAGAGAUAAAUGAAGAACUAGUGAUUUUCUCAGAGAGGGAGCUGCAGGACUGUCUAAAUGCAUCUUUGCUGGCAGCCAACCUGGACAAAAUAAAGAAUCUCCCCUUCACCUAUGAACAGGAAAGGGUCUUCAAGAGCAAACUGGAUGAGCUCUAUCCAAAUGGAUACCCUGAGUUUGUGAUCAAUAACCUCGGCAGCCUUUUUAAGCUGGUUACCCCUGAAGAUAUCAGGAAGUGGAACAUAACCUCGGUGGAGUCUCUGGAUACCUUGCUCAAAGCCAGCUCUGAAAAUGAUGAUUUGGCUAUGAUAGUGAUUAAUCGCUAUAUCCAGGGGGGGAGCCCCCUCAAUGCCACCGCCUUGAACGUGAUCGGUUCCAAAUAUUUCUGCCGUCUGACCGAAGAGCAGCUCAAUUCCAUACAGCCUUCUGCCCUCAGAAUGGCCAACCAAUUGAAUCCAUCUGCCUGUUCCCAGUCACAGAAGAAUAUCCUCUAUCCAAAGGCCAAGAUUGCCUUCCAAGACACACAAGUAUUCUCAAAAUACUAUAAGCUAAUCCAACCUUAUCUAGGUGGAGCCUCCACAGAGGAUCUUAAAGAUCUCAGCCAAAAGAAUGUUAACAUGGACAUAGAAACAUUUAAGAAACUACAAGAAAAGGCCAUCUUGCCACUGACCCCGGAAGAGGUACGUGGACUCCUGGGACAAAAUCUAAUGGGGCUGAAGGCUGAGAAGAAAAACUCUCCAGUCCGGGAAUGGAUCAUCAAGCAGCGUCAGGAGAGCCUGAAUUCCUUGGGCAUUGGGCUUACUGGGGGGAUCCCUAAUGGUUACAUCAUCAUCAACCUUGGGAACAAAAAUUAGACAGCAGUCUUCCUGAUUGGGAGUGUGGGAAGCCUGCACGGGGCUGUAGCCCUCUCUCAUUCCAGGAAGUUGUAAAAAUAAAAGUAAUAACUUAUAUUCUGAGCCUUGUCAUCUCCAUGA